GUUAUCAUUCAAAGUUUAAGGGAGUCUGGUGUUUUUAGCUCUGUUAUAGCAUCUGCCCCAUUAACUCUCUCAAAGGAAAGUAGUAACUCAUCCAGAGCUGCUGCCUCUAACUCACUUCCCUUAAAAAAGAUUGGUAGAAGUAGAGAGUCUCAAGCAACUGCUAGGAGGGCUUUAGAGAAUGCAGCUGCCGCAACUCAUGAAGCAGCGGUGCCACCUUUGUCUCCGCCAGGUAUGGAUAGGGACUUCAUAAUCGAAGCAUGAUAGGUCUCCACUCAUGAUUGUUGCUGCUUUUCUUCCUCCUAUCAUUGUGGUGGUCAAAGAGAACGCGUAAUGAUGGAGAAGUCUUCGAGCAAGCAUAUUUGUGGUUGGAGUUCAUUCUUGGU